AUGUACGGCGGCCCACCCGACCAACAACCCCAGCAAUGGUCAGUACGCGCGGAAUUCACCAUCACCCAUCCUGGUCUCAAAAAUCCCAUAAACCCCCCCAAAACAGACACCGUACAAGACGAAAAGGGCGUCAAGAUGCUGUACUCGUGGAGCGCCAAUGAUAAUCAAAACCAAGUGGUCACUUCGGAUAGCGGCAGCUCCAAUCAGGAUAAAUUAUACGGUUUCCAGAAGGGGAAUUUAUUUUUCACUUCAACACCGCCGUCAAAGCCGAGUUUGACCGUGCCGACCCAAGAUUCCGCCUACAGCAGCGAUUUGAGCACCUGCAGCCCGAUGUACCACAGGAAAUGCAGAAGCACCUGCAACAUAGUGCUGUCUAAUAAAGCGGCGUCGUCUUGCGGCCGAACUCAGAGUUUACGGUGUCAAACGCCCUCGUUGUGUUGCGAUAAAAAGACUGAAGGUUACUAUGGUUGCGGCGACCCUUGGUGUCACCAUAUCCAGUAUGCGGACGAUUACCGAAGGAUAUCACCGGUGCGCGAGACUUGCGAAGACAUCUGUGGAGAAGAUUGCACGUUCUGCGGUAAUCCUGAUUACAAGAUUAAGCGAGACGUUUCCGUACAGACCUACGAGGUGGCUAAUAAAUGUACGUCGCCGAUGAUGAAAAGCGAUGCUGUCGAAGGUGAUUUAGGUAAAGGGAAGGGUAGUAAAUUAAAGAGGGGUAGAGCUAUUUAUAAUCGCAGUAGGCAAUCGUCGGUCAGGAGUUCUACGUCGCCUAGUUCGGUGAAAAGGGACGAUUCAAGGGAUUUGCCUAGAUCGAGCCGAUCGCCAAGUUUUAAAGGAACUCCGCCGAAAAUCGCCACCAAAACGGGUUCUGGUAGUGAAGAUUCUUCGAAAAAACCUCGCACCAUUCACAUAGACGUCUAUUGUACCGGUACUGAGAUAGAAACCGAUAGUAGUUCAUCGUCAGAGUCUGAUUCCAGAAGCAAAUCAGUAUCAACACCACAGACUGUAUUCGAAUCCAAAAAUAUGUGCGUUACUCAUAAAAAAGCCGACGAUAAGAAGCUACCGUUUCGGUUAAGUAAAACGAACAGUACUUCCGUCGAAAAAGAAGAUUCCGAUGAUAACGAAAGUGCCAGUACUGGUUAUCCUUCUAAAAUGAGCUCCUAUUCCACAAUCGGUCGUUCCUUAUCCAGCAUGACAAGUUUUCAAGGUUCCAUUACGCCCUUUUCCGUAUCCAGUUGUACUGUACCAGAUUACGAAUCGUCUGUAGGGAACACAUCUUGGAAAGACACAUUUUCCGAUGUAGAUAGCUUGUUGCAUAGCCGUUCCAGCAUUCCCCAAAACGAUAGCUUAUAUUUCGUUCCUCGACGUAUCGAAGAAGAAGCCGUCAGCACCUGCAGCUCGCAGAAGAUGACCAAUACCAACACGACCAACAGCAUAAAUUUAGCCCCGAGUGACAGUUUCGAUUACGCAGAUUCCGAAGAUAAAUUGCGAAUCAAAAGGAUGGAAAGAAUGUGGAAAUACAACUACAACGUACAAUCGAAGAAUAAAAUGUUAAAGGAACAGGACAAAUUGCAGGAGGUUGUGGAUAAAAGACUGAACAAAAUUAGCAUUUCCAAGGAUUCGGAUUCGGAAGCCAGCGAUGGUUCGGAAAAGGGCUGGACUGUUCUGAACAACGACCAAAAAAAUAUAGCCGUGUCGAAAUCAAAUUCCACCCCCAAAAUGUUUACGUCCGAUGUUAAAAGAUCGCAAAUUUUACCUCUAAAUCCUUCUAGCAACACAUCGCCGCUAUGUACAUCACCUAGUACUACUCUAAGUAGAUCGCCUAGUACCCUACUGAUCAAACAACGUUUGAGUGUGGAUCCGUCUUUAAGAUCGCCGUUCACUAUUGUCCCGGGGAAGUACACCGAACCUCGAUACAUAGCGAAACGUUUCGGGCAAGUGAUAACCGUCUUCAAGAAACCGGGUCACCACGUGGGACCUGCCAAAAACCCAAGUUGUUCGUGCGAUCAUUGUCGCAGGUAUUGGGAGAACGCCGGGUUUAAUAGGAAUCGCACUUGUUCUGUAGGGGAUACUCCAGUUUCGGCGCCGUUUUGGAAUUGGAAAGGGUUGAAGAAGUGUUCGGACUGA